GCUCAACUAGAUUGGGGGACGGGUGGGUCUAUUUGAAAUAUUUAGGCUCUUGUGAAUUAAAAGACAACUCUAUGGAAAUUGUUCAACCAUAUUCACGCGGUGUGUCUGGCUUGUAAUGCAUUUGUUCAAGGUCGGCCCUACUUUAUUGUUAAAUUUCAUAAUGCGGGUCUUGCGGUGCAAUAAAUGCCCGGGUUUCUGCAGCGCUGGUUUUUGUGGUAUGGUCCGGUUGGGACUGACAACCUGAGGGGUCAAAACAGGGGGGAAAUACAUGUACUAUUGAUGUCGUGAACGACAUGUAUGGUAACCAUAAAAAAUUAAAAAUGUCUAUUUUUGCUUCUUGUCGACGCGCGGUAUUGCAAUUUUGACACCAUUUUCUUGCGCGGUCAUCGGCACAUUUCGGCCGCGUUUUUCUCAUACCCCCAUUGUUACAAAUGUGAACGUUCUUCCCAAUAAGCCCCAUGCGGGGUUAUUUUGACUUGAAUGGGUUGCAAGAAAGCUAGAUUGCCCGACCUGAUUCAGUCGAUUCAGAUUCAAAUGUCGUUCAUUAAUACACACCGUGAAUGGCAAAUGUAGUAUCUCGAUAUGUCGCCCAAUUGUGCUACGAAAUAGCUAGCUAGCAUAGAGUAACAACUCAUGUUAGUCUUGCCAGUACUAGCGUUUCAACUCCUUUCGUCCACCAUCCAAUAGGUUGCACACUCCAUGCAUGCACCUUGCUGGUCAAGGGAGUGGUGUGACAACAAGGUGACAGGAGGUGACGAGAGCUCAUGAACGGCCCUGACGACGUGCUGCCAUGGAGACCAAGGAAGAAUCGUCCCCUGUGUGGAGUCAGGCAUCCAACAAUGAAUCAGACAACACCACUCAGGUGCAUUUUGAGGGUGGCACUGUGGCCCAGAUAGUGUACAGUGAGGACCAGCAGGAUCGAGGGCAGCAGCAGGUAGUUUACACGGCUGAUGGGAACACCUACACGUCAGUGGAGUCUGCUGAACACACGCUGGUGUACAUCCAUCCUACAGAUGGCUCACAGACAGUGUUUGCAGACCAACCACAAGUGGCCUACAUACAGCAGGACGGCACCACACAACAGGUGACUGUUUUGCUGCCUAGCGGACAGAACAUGAACGCUGCAAACCUGCAUGUCCUCAGCAACGUAGCCGAAGCCCCACAGGCUCUGCUGGAGCCCGUUGCGCAGGGGCAGCUGUCGGUGUCAAACUCCCUCCCUAACAUGGCCGACAUCGAAGAGCAGCCGUCCAGCCCUCUGGGGGCCACAGACUCCACGGAGGAUUCCGAAGAGGACGAUGAGGACGAUGAUGAAGAUGACUCUGACAUGGACGACUGGGAGCCUCGUCAGCCCCAGGCCUUCAGCCCUCACAACCUCUGGUGUGAAGAGUGUAACAACACCAACCCCUCCGUGUGUCAGAAGCACGGUCCUCUCCACCCCAUCCCCAACCGGCCCGUGGUGUCCAAGGCACGCGCCAGCCUCCCCCUGGUCCUCUACAUCGAUCGCUUCCUGGGCGGGGUCUUCUCCAAGAGGCGCAUCCCAAAGCGCACCCAGUUCGGCCCGGUGGAGGGACCCCUGGUGCGACAGAACGAACUACAGGACCACUACAUACAGCUCAAAUUGUGCAUGUUGGACGCGGAGAAAGACGAGCAGAAGCCGGAGGACAUGUGGGUGGACCUGUCGGACGAGGACAGCUGUAACUGGCUGAUGUUUGUGAGGCCUGCUGAGAACCACCUGGAGCAGAACCUGGUGGCCUACCAGUACGGCUCUGAGAUCUUCUACACCACCAUCAAAAACAUCCAGCCCAAACAGGAACUGAAGGUGUGGUAUGCUGCAUCCUACGCAGAGUUUGUCAACCAGAAGGUUCAUGACGUCACGGAGGAGGAGCGGAAAGUGUUACGGGAGCAGGAGAAGAACUGGCCGUGUUACGAGUGCAACCGGCGUUUCGUGAGCUCGGAACAGCUGCAGCAGCACCUCAACAUGCACGACGACAAGCUGGACUACGUCAGCAAACCGAGGGGGCGUGGCCGAGGCCGAGGCAGGAAGAGGUUCGGUACAGGAAGGAGACCAGGACGGCCGCCCAAAUUCAUACGCCUGGAGCCUCCUGUUGACACUAGUGUGGAUAAGACGGCGGAGAUGCUGGGUCUGGCUGGGAAGCUUCCGUCGGAGCAGAGGAGGGACGGGGCCCAGAACGGGCUGAAGGUGGUGGAGCUGGAGGCCGACGGGCCGGGGUCUGAGGCUGAGGCCCAGCUGGACCCCCCCGCGGGGGAAGCGGUCCCGGACGCAGACCCGCCACCCUCCACCACACACCUCCUGCUUCCCGUGAAGGAGGACCCCUCUGCCAGCGGCCAAGCGGACCCCCACCUCACGGCCCAGGACAUGCGCCGCGCAAAGAGGAUCCGGAAUGCUGCGCUCCAGCACCUCUUCAUCAGGAAGUCCUUCCGGCCCUUCAAGUGCACCCAUUGUGGCAAGGCCUUCCGCGACAAGGACAAGCUGGAGCAGCACCUACGCGUCCACGCCCGCGACGCCUACGCCUUCACCUGCCACGUGUGCUCCAAGAGCUUCGCCAGCGACGCCGCCUUCGAGGAGCACCUGCUGCUGCACUCGGAGCACCGCACCUUCUCCUGCCUCUUCUGCACCAACACCUUCGACCGGCUGGACCUGCUCAAGGACCACGUGGGCGUCCACGCCGUCAACGGCUGCUUCACCUGCCCCUCUUGCCGGAAGAGCUUCACCGACUUCAUCCAGGUGAAGAAGCACGUUCGCUGUUUCCACUCGGAGAAGAUCUUCCAGUGUCCGGAGUGCGACAAGGCCUUCUGCAGGCCUGACAAGCUGCGCCUGCACAUGCUGCGGCACUCGGACCGCAAGGACUUCCUGUGCUCCACCUGUGGCAAGCAGUUCAAGAGGAAGGACAAACUUCGGGAGCACAUGCAGCGCAUGCACAACCCCGAGCGGGAGGCCAAGAAGGCGGACCGGGUCCACCGCUCCAAGGCUCUCAAGCUGAAGGUGCCCACCACCGAUUUCGAGAGCUUCAUGUUCAAGUGCCGAGUGUGCAUGAUGGGGUUCAGACGCAGAGGGAUGCUGGUAAACCAUCUUUCCAAGCGCCACCCAGAGAUGCGCAUCGAUGACGUUCCGGAGCUCACCCUGCCCAUCAUCAAGCCCAACAGAGACUACUUCUGCCAGUACUGCGACAAGGUGUACAAGAGCGCCAGUAAGAGGAAGGCCCACAUCCUGAAGAACCACCCGGGGGCGGAGCUUCCUCCCAGCAUCCGCAAGCUCCGCCCGGCCGGCCCCGGGGAACCCGACCCCAUGCUGAGCACUCACACCCAGCUGACGGGCACCAUCGCCACGGCGCCCGUCUGCUGCCCACACUGCGCCAAGCAGUACAGCAGCAAGACUAAGAUGGUCCAGCACAUUCGGAAGAAGCACCCAGAGUACACCCAGCUGGCCAGCGCCAUGCAGGCGCCUCUCACCGCCGCCGUCAUCAGCAGCGCCCCGGCCGUCAUCACCGCCGACGGGAGCGCCGCAGAGGCCGUGGUGACGACUGACCUGCUGACCCAGGCCAUGACAGAGCUGUCCCAGACGCUCACCACAGACUACCGCACGGCCCAGGGAGACUACCAGAGGAUCCAGUACAUCCCUGUGUCCCAGGCCGGAGGGGGCCUGGCCCAGCCCCAGCACAUCCAGCUCCAGGUGGUCCAGGUGGACCCGGCUUCGCCUCACUCCCAGCACUCCACGGUGGAUGUGAGUCAGCUGCACGACCCUCACGGCUACAGCCAGCACUCCAUCCAGGUGCAGCACAUCCAGGUUGCUGAGCCCUCAGGGACUGGUCAAGGAGCCACCCAGGUGACCGGUCAGCCCCUAAGCCCCGCCUCCCAGCAGGCGUCCCAGGAGCUGAGCCCCGCCCAGCUGACCCCGGUGACCCUGGCCCAGAGCCACACCCUCCAGACUCCCUCCACCCAGCAGGGGGCGGUACAGCACACGUACAUCCCUGGGAACUGGAAUUAUCGAGGCUACCCCUCUGAGAUCCAGAUGAUGGCUCUCCCUCACACCCAGUAUGUGAUCGCUGAGGCCAGCACCCCGGCCACCGGAGUCAACAGCGGCCAGGUGAAGACGACUCACUAUGUGAUUUCAGAGGGCCAGGCUGAACUGGAAUCUAAACAGACCCAAAGCUCCACCCAGGGACACACAGAACACCUCGAAUCAACCAAUCAGCAAGCCCCCACGCAGUACAUCAUCACCACAACCACCAAUGGAAACGCUAGUGAAGUUCACAUCACCAAACCCUGACCUCCAGCGAUACCUCAGCCCUGUUAAUCCUGUAAGGCUGCUUUUGCAUGCAUCCCAUACCAACUCACACACACACACACACACACACAUAUACAAUGCACAAACGCACAGUAAACAUACAUACAUGCACAAACCCGAGUUUGGCUCGACCAGACAUAUGAGGGUGUUGACUAACUCUGCUUAGAUUUAUUUAUUUAUUUUCCAAGUCUCAAAUUUAUUGUUGAUUAGAGACGGAAGGAUAAGAGAACGAGUUUUAGUUGGCAUUUUUUGGAAUCUGAGAACAUGUGCAUGCCCUGUCACGGGUGUUCCGGACGUCAACAGGAAAACACUGGAAAGCUUUGAUCUUUCUAAGAUCUGUUUUGAAACCACAGAAGCUGUGAGAGGACGCGCACCCCCUUGUCACUUCCCCCUGCACUGAUCAGGUGAUCAAAUCUCAUGGCUGUCCAACACAUCAAAUCAAUGUUUCUCAUAUGUUGUACUUUGUUCAAACAGUUGAAACUGUUGUACAGUUUUAACUAGGUGAUCCUGUGGUGUGUAUUUUACACAGGGAUUGGUUAAUCAGAUUCUUUGAUAAACUGCAACAUGCUUGAUUGGAAUGAACAAUCAAGAACAAGUUUUUUUUUUCUCCUAUGAAAGACACCGCCAGGAGCUGGAAGACUACAUUUUCUGAACUGAAUUGCCAUUCAUUUUAUUACACUUUUACAGGUGUGAUGAGCAGAUAAGUAGUUGUGGCCAAGAGUGGUGUUUUUUCCCCUAGUCUGGACAGGAAUAGUAUUUGUUUAACAUUCCUAACCUAGACAGUGUUCCACAUUCCAAUGGAAUUUAACAAUUCUGAGAUGAUGCCACUGAUCCGAACAUUCUGAGAGCCGUAGCCAUCGAGCACACAGAGACAACCGUUACGUUACUAUUUGAGAAUUCUUAUCUGAUCGCCGUUUGCCAACUCAACACUCUUUUGACAGCUGAACGUUUUCCUUUGUACACAGUGCUUAGCACCAGACCAAGGUAGCUGUGCAUCUUCAACACUUAAAGUGAAGAUGUCUCCUUAUUUAUAUAAAUCAGUCUGUGAGAAUGGACUUGUAUAAUGUAAAAUAUAGCUGUAAUAUUAAAGAGUAGAGGUUCCUUGUGUACAGUGAUUCCCAUAUUGUUGCAGGUGGACUUGUCCUGUUGUCCUUGUGUGGAAAAAUUAAAAGUAUUUUAUAUCUGU